AUGGCUCAUUAUGUAAUAAGAGAGCUGCUCAGAUUGUUCAGAAGUGCUGUUUCUAAACGCUUAAAAUCUGGAGUCAACAAAGACAAAUGUUUAAUAGCUCAAGAGAUGCUGCAUCCGGAAUGUGCACAGCGUGCGGAUGGCCCGGCAAAGGUGCCGUGUCAUUUCUUAGCUGAGAGCUGUCGUGCGAAAUCGAAUUGCCGGUCUCGACUUGAAGCUUUUGAGCAAACAUGUUCAGUGGACCAAACGACCAACAGAUGUGCGGGAUCACCGUCCACGUGUCGUGAGUCCAUUCUUGGCAUACUGGGGACGAUGUUAAGGACUAACUGCGCUUGUAAAGAUACAUCUCCUUCUAAGUUCUAUGACUGCAUGGGAUGGCAACGAGUGUUUUGGUUCAAUUCGUGUGUGGUGGAAGCACAAAGRGAUUUCCAUAUGACCAAGAUAAAGAACUCGGUGAAAUUAUUAUCGCGUCACUUCAACACAACUACUGCAGUGGCGGUCGAUCAUUACGAUCAGACUACGGCGAUUGCGGUCAGACCACGACUGUCAUCAGCAGUCCCGUCAACCGAAGCCAUAGACGUUCCGACUACGACCACGGUCAGGGUACUAAUAGCUGGAAAAAAAUUUUGGCCUGAUACCACAACUGUUGCGGUCACCACGCCCAAAGCUACCACGACUUCGGUGGCGACCACUGCCGUCACAACUUCCAUCAGCACGGUUUCAACGACUGCAUCCACUACCCUUUCACUAGCCUCUCAAAUUCCUUUGCGAGGAUGCAGUUUGCAGAGAUCGCCACACUACAAUAAACAAUUCAUGUCUGAAGGAGACGUAAUCAGGCUUCACAGUUUAGAGGACAAUUCAUGCUCAGAGGUGUGUCAUUGUAAGCCCGGUGAAAGUCUGACUUGUCAGACCAUUUGUGUGGAAGUCGAGCCGUGUGAAACAGAAAUUGCGUACUAUCAUCACGAGUCACCAGCGUACAUAGCGUUUCGCGGACGGUGCCUUUGCUAUGUUGGACGAUUUAUUUGCAUGCGGCCAAAAAUGGGUACGUAUACGCUUGUACCAGGCGUAUUUUUGUUCUUGGGGUACAGUGAAAAGGACGAACAGCUGUUGAAGAGUUUGGAUAUUAUGAACUUUGAGAUUAAAGACAUCGUUUACACCAUACAGAAGUUCAUACAAGAGCACAUGGUGUUUAAUACUACAUGUAAAUUGCAAUUGCACAGCAUUUCAUUCGAGAAUAUGAUCAUAAUGGGAAAAGCAUCUCAGAAACUUACCACUGGAGGUUAUCUCAAAAACGAUGCCACAGAUAUCCGCUCUUCCGUUCUCCAAGAUAAUAUGGCGUGUUUUGAUAUCUUGAAGAACUUCUCGUUUAUGGUCACCACGCAGGCCAUGCAAGUGAAAACAAACAUGCUGCUGUCCGUGUUGAAAAUUGCCGAGGUCGACAUACUACUUCCGGUCUCCAACUCGAGGAGCGCGAACUUGUCGCCUACUACGUGCACAGGGACGUUGUUACUGGUAAUUAUCGCGGUAGCGGUCCUUUUCUAGAGCCGAAGACUUACGGCGCCGCUCGAACGUUACGAUGAUAUUAUAUUAUUAUUUUUAUCGUCGUCGUACGUCAUUAUAUACAGAGCGUCUCGUCAAGUUAACUUUUCCCUUGUAAAUUUAUUGUUAAUUUUAAUUUUAAUUUUUUGUGAAUGAUAGUCCGACCGCAUAUUAUGUAUAACACCGGUCAUACAGUUAUUCUGUGCGGCUGGCCGGUAAACGAUGAUGGUAUUAUUGAUGGUAUGUAAGUUUGAUACGGUGUAAAUCCAAUACGAUUUGAUCCGUACACAAUGUGUAAAAUUUAUAAUAAUAUGUGUUAUUUCGACUUACGGCCAAUGUCAUUGUAUAAAAAGAUGAUAAUAACAUCUUUUUUUGUUUCUGCGCUACCGUAAUAAUAAUCUAUUAUUAAUAUAAAUAUUAUAUUAAUGUCUUGAUAGUCCCGGGACGCAGCCGCCGCUUUACGGAUUGCCUCUAACUGUGCCCAUCUCCCUUAUCGAUUAGCGACAUACGUAAAACAUUAUCUAUUAUUUCAAGGCUAUUUUUGAAUCGCUCAAAUAUUUAAAUUACCACGUUAUUUCAUAUUAAACAUUAGGUAUUUUGUUAUUUAUAAUAAUAUGAUAGUUUAGCAUUAUGAUAUAACACACUAAGGGUAUUUAAGAGAGUGUUUCUUAAGUGUUAUCACUUAAAGAGAUGGUAAUAAUCAGUGUUUUCACACGUUAYUGCUUAAACCCUUUUAAAGGGCGACACUAAAGUAUGCGAUACAUGUGUAAUUUUCUAGACUUAUACUAUUUUAAAAAGCAAGUCUUUAUGUACAAMAAAUUAAUGAUGAUCARGCAUGGCGUAUGCAAAAUUAYAAUAAUUGCAGCUAUUGAAAUCACGGUGUCUAGAUGUUGGAUGAAAAAACACUAAAUUUGUUCCUUUCAGAAUAACACGAAAAUGAWAAAAUUGUUAUUAUUAUUAUUAUAGUUCAAACRGCCGUAGAAACUUAAAUUACCCUGAGGCUUAUAAUACGGCAAGCUGUUUCAUGGAAACUCAGCAAUUUUGAAAUAUUCAUUUAGAACCACAAACAUUGUAUUCAAUCAACGGUUAGUUAGGGUAAUAGGGUCACAAUCGACAAUUUCAUGAGACGUAGAAAAUCAAAAUCCAGACGUUUUCCGAAAAUGCAACAAUAUUAAUACUAACGUUAAUUAUUUCUGCCAGUCUCUAUUUGAUUAUUUUUCUGAGAAAAKGCAGGUUUAUCCGUGACAUUUCUGACCCCCUGAAUAGUUAUAAAGUUAGUCAAACUCCUAUAAUUUGAAAAACUGAACACUAAUAUUUUUCUGUUGGGUUACAA